CUUUAAUCACAUGCAUCGACGAUGAAUUGAAGCUACAGCGGAGAUCCCUCUCGUUACUUUUAUGUCAUAGCUAACUAGGUUACUUGGCUGUUCUUUGGAUCAGUUGUAAACGGCGAAAGACGGUUGAUCGAGAUCAAUAGAGCUAGCUAACUAGCUAUGUUGUUUACUUACUGCUUUACUGACUGUAUUACGGAACACGUCUGCUCUUGAUUUGACAUAACUCCAAGUAAAGAAUUUGAAUGCAGCAUGCUGGACACGGUGACAUCGGCGGUAAGGUUUGCACAGUACGGCAAUGGUACUUCAUUUCCAACCGUCGAGAACACGUCAGUCAUGCCUACAGGGCCUUCGGAAGCUAACAUCACCCAGCCACACAGGUGUCUUCAGAUCCUUUACGAGGACAUUGGCAAAUCCAGGGUGCGUUUCUGGGACCUGAUCUUGCUGGUGCCUAAUGUGGCCUUCCUCAUAUUCCUGAUAUGGAAGCUUCCAUCUGCGCGUGCCAAGAUCCGUCUCACCUCCAGCCCCAUCUUCAUUACUUUCUACAUCCUGGUGUUUGUAGUAGCAGUCGUAGGAAUCACGCGUGCUAUUGUCUCCAUGACUGUGAGCGUGUCAAGUGCUGCCAUCAUAAUAGAUAAGGUCCUGUGGGAGAUCACGCGCUUCUUCCUGCUCACCAUCGAACUCAGCGUCAUCAUACUGGGACUGGCCUUCGGGCAUUUGGAGAGUAAGUCGAGUAUCAAACGUGUGUUGGCCAUAACUGCAGUGUUAGCACUGGCUUACUCCAUUACACAGGGUACACUAGAGAUUCUGUACCCUGAUCAGCAUCUCUCAGCUGAUGAUUUCAAUAUCUAUGGUCAUGGAGGUCGACACUUCUGGUUGGCCAGCUCCUGCUUCUUUUUUCUGGUUUAUACUCUUAUAGUUGUCCUACCCAAAACCCCGGUCAGAGAAAGAAUAUCAUUACCAUCUAAAAGGAGUUUCUAUGUAUAUGCUGCUAUCCUGUCUGUGCUGAAUAUGGUGCAGGGUGUGGGCAGUGCUCUGCUGUGUGCUGGCAUCAUAGAAGGCUUGUGUUGUGUUGACGUGACCACAUUCCUCUACUUCUCCGUCUUUGCUCCCCUCAUCUAUGUAACGUUCCUCAAAGGAUUCUUUGGGUCGGAGCCGAAGAUCCUCUUCUCCUACAAAUCUCAGAUAGAUGAGCCGGAUGAGCCCGAUGUCCACCUGCCCCACACGUCCACAGCCAGCCUGGGUGGGCGCAGGGAGCUAGACCACAGCUCCUACUCCAGCACGCAAAUAGACACGUCAGGGGCCUACCUGGACGAUGUGGUGUCUGGCCCCUAUGGGGCAAGCCACAGCAUUGACAGCGACCGCUGGAGGGCCAUCAACACCUAAAGGGAACAGAAACAGGGAUGGAGGAAAGGAGAAAGGAAUGGGUAGAAAAGACUGGCUGCAGAUAAACUCGGGAUGGGAGCUGGAAGCCCCUCCAUCUUUCCCACACUGAACAGCAUUCCCAUUGAAGACAUCAAACAGCUUUUGUGUGAGGGUUUGGUUCAUGAAGGCCUUGCAUUGCAACUCAGUAUUUGGUAGUCCAUUUGUACUCAGCUGAGAUUGUUUUGGUUCUUUUUAGUUCCCCUUAUGAAAUAACGCCCUUUUUAUGCAAACUCCUGUACAAGUUUAUUUAUACUAUCAGUGUUUUACAAAGGCCUGUGCAGUACUUUGAUACUUUGUGGAACAGUACUUACACUAUAAACCGGAGUAUUAUGACCAGAAGAGUAAUAGAUAUGAGUUGGCUUGGUUACAAAUGAGCUUAGGCUGACAUAGCUGAUUUCUGAGCAGUUCUUACUGUAGAACGGGUAUUGCAACAUUGAGUCUCGCUGUGUGCUGAGUUUCAUGUUUUUAUGACUUGGAAAAGAGGUUGAAUAUAGUAUGCUGACCUGAGCCUAAGUUUGCCCCCACUGCUUCGACAGACCCUUGUAUUUUAAUUUAUUUUAUUGAUUAUACUACAUUUUAGCCCUUUACACCAACCAUCAGCAUUCCAUUCAACAGACAGGGAACAAGCAGAUCGCAGCCCAUCACUAAAACAGUGGAAAAAGACUCACCUGCUGACUCAAGUAUAAAACCAAUAAUGCAACUAGUGGUUAAUGCAUUAGCAAUCCAUUGUGAAUUCCUCCUCCAGGUUUUUGGUAGACCAUUGUUCUAUGCCAUUUCUACUCCAUACUGAAUGACGGGUGUUUUAAUGACCAAAAAUGUGUGUAGAUAUCUGUUGAGUAUGAGUUUUAAAAGUUUCAGUGUUCCUUGUCAUUUUUGUAUUUAAAGGUGGAACCAUGCACUGAAUCAUUGCUGAACUAUAAUAACAUGCCCAAGAUCUACUUUGUAAAAUGAAUUUUUAUGUGUAAAAUGGAUACUUGGUGUGAGGGCAAUACUACAUCGUUUGUGUUCAUAGCCAUAGGUGUGACUUGCAGGUUUAGAGCACCCACCUGUUUGAGCUGGAGGUCCUGCUACUGUUUUUUUGUGAUGUAAUGUUACCUUAUGGAUGCACAGGGCCUGCUUUCAUUAAAGUGUUGGAGGGCAAGGUCAAGCAACGAUAGCAAAUUGGACAUUUCAGCACACACUCUCACAACUUAAGAUGGUGUUAAAACUACAAAGCUUUUUUGGAAACAGGCCCUGCAAUUAUGAAAACAUCUUUUUAAUUUCAUAUAAACAUCCUUAAAAGGUAGAUCAGAGUAGUAAAAUAUUUCAUCAAUUACAUUUGCUAAACAGGAUUGUCUCAGUGCACUAUAAAAGACUGUUAUACAGUAUGUAAAUGAAAAAUGUUUAUUUUUCCAUGAAUGUGCAUUGUUAUAAUAGCCGAAGUAAGUCUUACUGCCGCAGUUGUUACUGCAGUCAAGUGUUGUAGCCUGUUUAUUGUCCCAGUGCAUGUUGCUCCUCUACGCAUCCCACACUGAAACAUUUAUUUUGGUAGUGACGUUGCUGAAAUAACUGUAUUUGUGACUUGUGAACAUGUGAUAAAUCAUCGAUCUGAGACAUCGUGUGAGGGAACAAACUGAUUUUACGAUCGUUAUACGUCCUAAUGAAGUAUGACGAUGUUAAGUGCUUAAAGAUUCUUUUAUUUUUAAGUUUCUCCAGGAGAUUAAAAAGCUUAUGCAAUGA